GGGAUAUGAAGGAUCAUUAUUAAAAGUCACAAGCAAAAAUGGAAAAACUGCAUCGCCUGUAGGAUUCGUCACAUUCAACACACGUGCCGGAGCGGAAGCAGCAAAACAAGAUUUACAGCAGGGCGUAAGGUUUGACCCCGACAUGCCGCAGACCAUCCGGCUGGAGUUUGCUAAAAGUAACACGAAGGUUAGCAAGCCCAAACAGCAAGCUGCUAACUCAGCCAACACGCACCCAACUUUGAUGCACCCCCUCACAGGACAUUGUGUUCAAUUUCUAAACUUUUUUGAAAGCCGGGACGAAAAUAAGCCACAACCAUUCUAUGUUACAGAUCUGGGCGCGCCCUUCUUCCCCGGCGGACCCGAACUGUGGCACCACCACCCCCUGGCCUACUCGGCGGCGGCAGCAGCGGCGGCAGCGGCGGCGGAACUGCCGGGGGCGGCGGCCCUGCAGCACGCCACCCUCGUGCACCCGGCCUUGCAUCCCCAGGUGCCACCACAAAUGUCUCUGCCACAUCCCACCGCGUUGACAUCAGUACACGCCGCGGCCUCGCUGCCGCAUUUUUUACCUAGCCCGGCUCUGGCUUCUCCGGUAGGCUCAAACUCAUCGCAGCCAGCCCUGGGGGUGAGCAAUCCCCCGUGCUCCACGCUGUUCGUGGCCAAUUUGGGCCAGUUCGUCUCUGAGCACGAGCUGAAAGAAAUAUUCGCCAGGGAACAAAAGGAGAAGAAAAUGGACAAUCUUAAUUCUUACAUGUCGCUCAGCACUUGACAGAAGGCGACACUCAUGGCUGGUCAUUGUUAAGUGGUGUUCCGACCACAGGACUGGAAACCUUAUAAACCAUUUAUAACUCUAAACAAAAAUCUUAACCUAUAUCUGUUAUCUAUUGUAGUUGAUCUAUUUAGAUUUUUGCAGAACAGUAAAAAGAAACAUCUCGACUUUUUAGAUGAGGACGACUCUAUCCAAGAUGUUUUUGGUAGAGAUCGUCGCUACUAUCGUCUUUAAAUACAUUAAAUGAAGAAAAAAAUAAGCUAAACCAAAGGUGCCCUAAAAUUUAAGUCUUAGAUUAAAGUUUAAAAUUAUUAGAUGAUAUGGGUACGAUUGACAUUCCUCAUGAGCGAAUAUUGGUCGUACGUUAUUACUAACAAAUAUAGUUUUUCCCCUGAGCUUUCUUUGAAACUGUCGUAGUACUUAGUACCUUAAAAUGAAGUUCUUAAACUUGAUUUCAUUAACUUUUAGCAAUAAAAUGAAGCUAGGCAUGGCAAGCUAAAUUAGUAAAUGUCAUUACUAACAUGCUCUCAGUAUUGUCAAUAUAAUUAUUAAAAAAAUAAUACAAACGUCCAUUUUUUAUAUCAAUUUUUUUCAUCUUACUAUAAGAACAUUCUUCAGGCAUUAGUUUUUAUUGACGCGUUAGGAUCUUCUAGAUAUUGUUAACCAAUUUUAUUAUAAAGUUGACGAUUUUUUAAUCAGUUAUAAAACUUAUUAUUAGAUAUGUACAGGAUAUUUCCAUAUAUGUAUUUUGAUACGCUUCAGAUAUUUAAAUCCGGUCACAUAAAUAUAUUUUUAUUUACUUCAAAGUGACAAAUUUAAAUAAUCUGAAGAUAAACAAAAUCCGUAUGGAAUCGGACCUGUGCCUUAUUGAAUUUCGAUAAAAUAUAAAUUAGAUGAAUAGUUAUAUAUUUGUAAUUUACCCAAGUGUCCCUUAUAUCACUAAUUCAUUUAUAUAAAACGAAGGUCCUAAUGAUUGAAAUUGUUAAUUUUACUUAUUCCUAUUUUUAAAAGUUUUUUUUAAGUAUUCUAGAAUCUAUUAUAUCUUUAUAAUUAUAUAUAAUCGUUUUUUCCUCUUAAAGUAAAUAAUCUUAAUGAUUUUUGAAUGUUCGUAUUUAAACUCAAUGUACAAAAUUCCUUGCAUAAAAAACAUUGUAGUGUAUAUACUGUCAUCAAUAGAGUAGUAUUAAUUUUUCAUUUUAAACAUUUAAAAUUAAAUAAUAUACCGUGUGGUAAAUUUUGAAAGGGUCAGAUAUUAUCUCCCCAGAUGAGACUUUUUUGAAGAGGCGUUAAAGUUGUACUUUUAUCUAGAAUUUCCUUUCAUUUGGAAUAGUCAUUUAAAAGUUAUUUGCAAAAAACUGCCUUCAAAUUAGUAAAAUAUUUAUAAUACGGCCCAGAGAAAGCUAC